CAUUAAUCUGAUAAUAACGUUCGUUGAAAGUAGUAUCAUUAUCUGUGUAAACUAUUAUAGAACUUUACUGAUUCACAUGUUUGGGUAUGACUUCAGUAACAAUUUUAGAAAUAUAGUAAUAGAUUUUUUCUUUAAAUUACAAAAUGGCCAUGUGUUAAAAAGUUUUGUAUCUACGCACAGAAAAGAAUCGACAGAAAACGAUCGGCGAGUUAGUUUCAACAACGAAACAGAAGUUCAUUAUCGUACUGCAAGUGAAGCUAGCAGCACAAGCACAUUACAUAGUAAAAUUAAAAUAACAUGUAAAUCCACAAAGACAUUAAAAACAGGAUUCAAGUCCACUGAAAAUAAUCGCUCAUACGGUCACUCCACUUUUGAAUAUGGCAGCCAAAGCAAAAAAUUGGAAUUACAAAACAAAUUCAAUAUGCUUUUGAAUGGUAAUUGUUCUUGGAGUUAUAAGUCUCUGAAAGUGAUUAACAACCAUGAAACAAAUGGUGAACCAAACAAAUCCCUCAUUAAAAACGUUCAAGUAACACAACAAAAUAAAACUAACGAUUCUAGCAAUAGUACUUCUGAUAACAGAGAUGCUACUGAUAACAAAGAUGCUAAUGCAGAAAAAUACAGACCUGGAUAUGGUAGUACGAAAAGAAAGUUUUUUGAUCUAGAUGAUAAUUUACCAGAAGUAAAACACUUUGCAGCAGAAAACACUUAUGAUUUUGAUGAAUUUGACAAAACUAAAACUAUAAAAAAACCUAGAAAAAGAGCCAUUAAGAAAAAGGAGAAAAAUGGGGAUGCACACCAGACCAAACCAAAAAAAGUUAGGCCUUCACGUACUAAGAAAAAAGUGGAUUAUCUCGAAUGGAAUUCACAUUCUGAAUUAAGUGCGAGCGAAGAUGACUACAGAAUAAAGUCCAAACCAAAAGAACAAGUUAAUCCGUCAUAUUUGGAAACAGAAAACAUGCAUAGUAAAUUUCGGUUCGAACAAGAAGUAGGUGCAAUUGAAAAUAAACAAAUAAAACUGCAGCCUGGUGAUGAAGUAAGUCCAAUAUCUUUGUUGAGUGGAACAUAUAAUGCUGAUGAGGAAUCAGAGUGUAGUGAUGAUGAAUUCGAUUUCCAAACAAGAUUCUCUAAUAAAAGUGCUAAUGUACCAAUUGAAAAUGAACAAAUAAAACUACAGCCUGGUGAUAAAGUAAGUCCAACAUCUUUGUUGAGUGGAUCAAACAAUGUUGAUGAGAAAUCAGAGUGUAGUGAUAAUGAAUUUGUUUUCCAAACAAGAUUCUCCAAUAAAAAUACUAAUAAGCUAAUUAAAAAUGAACAAAUAAAACUACAGCCUGGUGAUAAAGUAAGUCCAGUAUCUUUGUUGAGUGGAGCAAACAAUGCUGAUGAGGAAUCAGAGUGCAGUGAUGAUGGAUUUGUUUUUCAAACGAGAUUCUCUGAUAAAAAUGCCAAUGUGGUUGAUAUCACUAAUAGUAUUGAAAGCAACUCCAUAGAAGCUUCUGAAACAAAAAAUGCACCUUUGAUUUCGAAGGCAGUAAAUAAAAAAGAAGCAUCAAAAGAAAUGACUGUACUUCGAUUCCCAAAUGAAAUUUCAUCUGUAGAUUGCAGUCCUCAGGAUAUCCACAUAAAUAAAUUACAAGAGUCAAAUUGUAGUUCAGAAGGUAUAAACUCUUCCUUAAGUCCUCCAGAGCUAAUAACAGAUCAGUUAGACUUAAAUAUGAAGACAAGAGAAGUUGAAAAUGAACUACACAAUAAUGAGCAAUUUAUAAGUUUACAAGAUCAACUAGAUGAGAAAUGCAACAAAAUUGAUCAAGAGAUAAGAGAGAUGUAUGAUAAGUUAGAACAAGACAUAUUUCAAGGUAAUAAAACUAAAUCAAUUAGUUCCGCAGAUAACUCUAAACUGGAGAAAACUGAUAGUAAUUUUAAGCUUAAAAGACCCAAAAUGGAUGCAAAUUGUGAGAAAUAUAAACUUGCUAAGGAAAAGGAUUAUGUAAAAGCUAAUGCUUCGAAAUUGAUCGACACAAAAUCAGAAAAAUUGAAUUUGUUUAAAUUAAAUAAGAAAGAGAACACGAAAUAUGAUAAACAAUCUAAUGAUAACAAAUCUAUCAACCUGUUAAACUGGAACGAAACUCAAUAUUCGAUUAAAAAAACUGAUAAGAAUCCUUUUGACCCUAUUGAGUCAACUCCCAACAUAAACACGCAUGAAAAUUUAAUUAAAACCAAAAGACAUUCGAAGAUAUUUACUCAAAGCAAUAAUGAUGAAUUCACAUCGGAUGAAGAUUAUCAGUUGAUUGAAAAUGAAAUAAAUACCUCAAUACCAUCAUCCAAUUCAUCUGAAAUAUGCAGUCCUGAAUUAUGUCCAAACAAUACUUUAACUAAAUGGAGUAGUAAUUUAGGCAAUAUUUCAAAAAGGUUGAAAGAAAAUCUUUCAAAUUCAGAGAACCAAAGAAAUAUUCGGAAUAAUUCGAUGGAAGUUCAAAAUAAUAACAACCAAUAUGGAAAAAAUAAUAGCGAGAUCAAAAGUGACAAAAUUAGUUUAAAACUGGAAAACAAAUUCAGUGCAGAAAAUAAUCUAAAAGGGAUAAACACUAAAAGUAUUAAACACAAUGCAUCAACAAAAACAUUAAACAAUGGGGAGACAUCUGCAGUGUUUCAAAAAGUUUUAUUUUCAAAAGUCAAAAGCAAAGAAAAUGAAAAUAAGCAGCAAAAUUACAAAUCAGUUACAGCUAAAGAAGAUAAAGUAUCAAAACCAAAGACUUGGGAAGAUCUUGAAUCUAAAUUGCUAAUGGAACUCGACAGCAACUCUGAUCAUGAGGUGUAUCCUCAAAAAGAUAAUUCCUUUACUACUCCACAAAGAAAUAGUAAUGUGGCGGAACAGAAAAGAUACAGUGAUUUUGAGGAAGAAAAAAAGGAAUUAAAAAUUAGAAACCUUGAAAUUUCCCAAUACAAAAAGUCAAAAAGGGCCAUUACAUCAAAUAAAAACCAGCUUCACACGAAGGAACACGUCUCAAAUCAGGUUUCAGUAUUAGAGUCUCCAAGCGUUAGCAUACUAAACAAAACAAUAGAAGCCAUGAACAGAAGUACAGCAGCAUAUUUUUCUAAAAAUGAAAAUGGUUCUUUUUGCAACUGGUCAGAAACUAGUGAUGUUGAUAUACAAGAUACAGAAUACAGUUAUUCAAUACUUUCAACAACUAUUCAUACUUCUGGCAAAAAGCUUAAUUUAACAAAGAAAAGAAGUAGAUAUAUAAAAAAGACAAAUGAUGACAUCAAGAGAAAUAAUUUAAAGUCAAUUGAAGAAAACACUCCACUGAAUAAAAAAAUUUUCAGCAGGACAACAAAACAAGUUAUAACAUCCAACUGUAAAGCAACAAAGAAUUUAAAUUCAACUUCAGAAACAUCAGUUCGAGAGAAAAAAGCUUCCAAGAAAGUGGACAUUGCAAAAAAAGCAACUAAAAAUAGAAACAAAAUUGAAAGUUUUUCAUUGAUCUUGAGAAAUACUCGCAGAGUACAAGAUGAUUUAGAAGAGAAUAUAUCAAUUUCAGAUAAUCAAGAUGACUCCAGAGAAGAUAUAAGUAAAAUGGAACAAGACAAUUCGGAUUCAAAAUAUUACCCUAAACAACAAUACAGCUCAAGAAAACGCAAGAACGUCUCAGAUUCAAAUAAAAAACAUACGAGCAACAAAAAACAAAAUGUAUCUGUUUUGAAAGAAAAACAAUCAACAUUUUUUUAUAAUUCAGCAAAUGAAGACGAGGCUUUAUUCAGCAAAGACUUUUUUGCAAAUGGUUCUCAAUCAGAGAGGAACAGUACAAAUCAGUUAAAAAAUAAUGAAACAAUAAAGCAACUCAGCCCAAAAGAAGAAUACAUAAAAUAUUUAAAACAUCUUUUUCAAAAUGAUACUGUUCGAAAAACAAAUACUACUGGAGAAAUUUGUAAUAUUGACCAAGACAUGUGUCAGAUCAAAUCAGAUGAUGGAAAAUUCUUGAUGAAAGAAGACGAUUUAUUUUCCAUCUCUUCAGAUGAUUUUGAAAAAGACGAAACUGUUUGCUGUUUUGAAGCAUCUGGUCUUUUCAAUGAUGUGCUUAAUGAAGAUUAAAAUGCAAGAGAGAGUUGUGGACCAGCUAAUUUAAAUAUCAAUUGCUAUAUUGAUGAA